UGACAAGUAAAUUUGAAAUCCCUAAAUUUUGGGAUUUCUUUUGCUUCACUCUUCUUUCUGUAGCGACCUGCACUGCUUCAUUCUCGUUCUUUCCGCCGUCGACGAACGCCACUGUUUAAUUUUGAAUUUGGUGGGUCACACGCGAUCCCUCCUCACCGCGUCGCCGCCGUUCAACAUAGCUAUUUCCGGCGCCUUUCUCCAUCCUCACCACGCUGCCCCUAAUUUCUCUGUUAAGCAUUUCAGAUUUUGUAUGAGUUUGAUGUGUUACAACAAACCACGGUUAAUGACAAAUGUAUAUUGCGUCGGAAGGAAUCUCGCUACUGCAUCAUGUUAUUUGCCUCCUGUGCAACUUCCAGCACAAAAGGAAGCACAUUUUUGGUAUGUUUUGCCUAAUGAGGUAAAGUGCAAAAACCUAUUGAACCGAUAUUUUGAAAUUUUAUCACCUUGUGAGAAAGAUAAUGUGCUUCGAAUGCGUGGGGAGGAGCUGAAGAAAAGUGCACUCCUAGCUCGUACAUUGGUUCGCACUACAUUAGCAAGAUACCAGACAAAUUGUAAGAUUGAUCCAAAAUCCUUGAAGUUUAGGAAGAACAAGUAUGGCAAGCCUGAGGUAAACUGGCAAUAUGCUGAUGAUUGGAGCCUACCACCACUACAUUUUAAUAUCUCGCACACUUCUUCUUUGAUAGCAUGUGCGGUAACUGUGGGUUCGCCGAUUGGUAUUGAUGUGGAAGAGAAGCAAAGGAGGUUAAAGAAUGACAUUUUAGCCUUUGCACGUCGAUACUUUUCUCCCCAUGAAGUAGAAAUGCUGGCUCACAUUGUAGAUCCUGAGCUUCGGCGUCAGGAGUUUAUAAAGUUAUGGACUUUGAAGGAGGCAUAUGUAAAAGCACUGGGAAGGGGCUUCUCAGCAUCACCUUUUAAUACUUUCACUAUUAGAUUAAGAGAUCAUAUGAAAGGAGGCAUCCAUGAUCCACCUCAUGUGAUUUCUAAGGAAGCUGAAAUUUCUGUUGAGCCUUCUGGUGACCUUAAGAAUCUCUCAAGCAAUUGGCAUUUUGUGCUUCUAGAGUUACUUGGUUCUCAUUAUGCUUCCAUUUGCAUAGAAAAGGACAGCACCAGUGCAGGAAUAAUUUUUAUGGAGAUGGAUGAUAAUGAAGUCGAUUUAGCCUGACCGUCAAAAGACUUCAAUGAUCUAGAAAAUACGUCGGAGGAAUGGAUUCCUACGUGCGACGAUGAACUCAAACCUCUGAUUGGGAUUGGCAAGAUAUUUGAUACUUUAAUAGGAGGUAAUUUUUAUAAAAAUUAUGCACAUGUUGGUUUUAAUGUGCCUAGUUCGACCGAAACAAAAAAUAAAAAUGGUUUCAAAUGAAAAUAUUUUCUUUGCUUAAAGAAUGUUUUAAAAAGGGAAAAAAAAAGGUAGACUCUCCUCAAUUGCUUGUUAGGAAAAUAGUUCGUCUAAAAAUAGAAAAAGAAAAUUGACACGGGAGGGAUGUAACGCAAGAAUUGUUUUCAAGAGAACUAUUGAGGAUAAAUAUGAAGUCUCAUGAAGGUCAUUCACAUGAACUAGUCACACCUAGAAAGAAACAAUUCUUAAGGUCGACGAGAGUGUAAAUAGUGUUCAUAAGAAUAUAUUGUUUUCCUGCGAUAGAACUAAUGUAGGAACUUCUAAAAGUUAUAAAAUAAUAAAGGAGCAAGUUGGAAGUUAUGAAAAUAUAGGAUGCACACAAAGAAAUUUGCAAAACUAUUCAAGAAAUUUGAAAGAAUUGAUGAAAGACUCUCAUGUUGAUAUGUUUAUUGAUAAUUUUAGAAGAAACAUGAGAUGAUCCAUUCAUUUUUCUAUGAUUACUGAGGCUGAUAAUCAAGGAAAGCUUAAAUGUGUGUUUUGAGCUGAUGGUAUUUGUCGAAAAAAUUACUCUUCGUUUGGAGAUGUGAUUGCAUUUGACACAACAUAUCGUAGAAUAAGUAUUUUAUGAUUUUUGCACCUUUCACUGGCAUAAAUUCGCCAUAGCAUAACCUUUGGGGUUGCACUUUUAUCCGAUGAAACAACAAAGGAGUCGUUUGUGUGGUUGUUUGAGGCAA